AUGCCGCAGCGUGCAUUACGUUUUGGGAAGCCGUUGCACAGUUUUAGUUAAUCGACCUUACCUCGAUGACAAUAACGUAUAUAUUUACGGGAAAAGAUUGUUGGCCGUCGUGUUUGCUCGAGAUUACCUGUGCUUCCCUCUAACGGAGUAUGCAGAAACGCCACAAAAGAUGGCCAUCGCUGCUUCGGAGAAUUAUCAACUUAAAUGGCACAGCUAUGGCGCGCAUCUGCACAGCUCUGUCGCGACGUUACUCCAUUCAGAAUCCUUCGCAGAUGUUUUGUUAGCAACAUCCUGCGGCCGGCACGUGGCGGCUCAUCGAUUUGUCCUUGCCGCUUGUUCAUCGUAUCUCAGUCAUAUUUUUCAAACAUGCCACUUUGGUGCAAACACAAACGCUCCAAUAAUUGUGGUAUUACCAACAGAAAUUGGAUAUCGCACAUUAAAAAUUCUAAUUCAAUACAUGUACAGCGGCGAAGCCACGGUGACAAAUGAUCAAUUAGAAGGUGUAUUAAAAGCGGGUGAUAUACUGCGCGUACGAGGUUUAUGGAGAUCUAAUACCGGAAGCAAAAAGGAGAAUAUACAGUCGAAUAAUCAGAAGGUGGAGCGAGAUAAGCGGGAGCAGCCACCUUUAACCGGUCAAAUUCAAAAAAUCAAACUGGUUCAACCAAGUAUGGAGAAAAUCGUCGAGAAUACGCAACAGACCACGCCGAUGCAAAAUAACGUUCAACCUCAGAAACCUACCUCAGAGAGAAAGAGUAUUGAAAAAAUUGAAGAGAAGAUUAGCGAACCAGAGUCCAAGAAAAUUUUGGAGGAAAAUAAAAAUAACGAACAGAACAAGAAUAAGGAAAAUGUGGAAACCAAUGGGAAAAAAAGAAAAACCACUAACAGUGAUGUGGAGUCUAACAAAUCUAAAAGCGAGGAUGGUGAAAACACCGAAUUGAACCUGGAACUUUUAGUAAAAGACGAACCAAUUUGGGAGGAAACUAUUGAUCCAUCGGAGUCAUUAACGAUAGACCACGAGAUCGAUAUAAAACCGGAAAUCGUACAUAGCGCAGAUGAGGAGGAAGAAUAUAGCCCGUUAACAUGCGACAUGUGCAGUCAAACAUUUAAUCGGCCAUCAGACUGGGUGAGACACAUUGAAUUUACACAUGCUGAUAUGACUGAGAAUCGAAGAAAAAAGAGGAAGGGCGAUGUGGAUGAUGACAGUAAGGAUUUUCCUCCUUUGAAAUGUGAUCUUUGUGGUAAUAUGUAUUCAACACCGCAGGAAUGGGUACGCCAUAUACAAACGGAACACACAGAAGAACAAUUAGCUCUGAUGAAUAAUUCCGCACCUCCUAAACCAAAAAGGGUUCACAGUCAUCAAAAAUUAUGCAACAUUUGUCAAAAAGAAUUUCCAAGCCAUGCAUCGAUGGUAAUUCACCAAAGAACGCAUACAGGGGAAAAGCCUUUUCUUUGUUCCUAUUGUAAAAAAGGCUUUAACGUAAAAAGUAAUUUACUAAGGCAUUUAAGGACAUUGCAUGACAAAUAUGUACAUCCCAGCCUAUAUGGGAGUAAUGGCAACGCGAAUACUUAAGCCCUUAUAUAAUUUUUCAAUUGUAUAUGUUCUUUUUCUUCUUAAUAUUUCAUUUACAGGGUAAAUGUCACGCGAUAUCAUCUUAUACUUUUUAAAAUUAUAUUUAUAGACUGAAGGAACAGUAUGUGCAUUGAUAAUCCCGUAUAAACAAGUCAAAUUGGUCCAAAUAAUUAAAUAUUAUCGAUACGCGUGACAUCUUCUUUGAAAAUGAGUAGGUAUUAACAGCUUGAUUAGUUUUAUUACACCUUAAAUAAGGAUAACUUCAGUAUUCUUUUUUUGUAUUAAUGUGAAUGCAUCUUUUUCAUCAAUUUUAUUAUGUAUAAAAAUAAUUGUUUUAAUUUUAAAUGUGAAACUAUUAUGUUAAAAACACAAAAGCAAUACCAGGGCUUUAAAACCAAAGAGGCUGAUUACUAUUGCCAAAGUGUCUCGUUUCGUUGCUAUUUAAAUUCGUUUUUUUGAAUAUAGAACAAGAUAUGAAAAAUAUUUAUUUUGAUUACAAAUUUCAUUUAAACGUGUAAGAAUAAGGAUUAACGAUAUACAGGUCUUCGCAGUAUGUGCGUGUAAAAUAAUUCAUAGUAUAAAUCACAUCUAUUGAUUAAUAUAUAAUUAUUUAGUAACUAUAUAAAAUCCAAAUUAUGUAAGAUUUAACUGUAUACUUCUAGGCUAUUCCAUCCACGGUAGCCCACUUAUUCCCUCAGCUCGUAAACUAAUUAUGUAUUUUUAUAUUAAACUAGCUUAUACACAAAAGGUAUAAGAAAUAAGAUAAUUAAAAAUAAGGAAAAUUUUGAAUUUCAAUUAGGCUAGGAUAUAAGAAAUAACACAUAAUUCAAAAUUUAUCAAAUGUUUUGGAAAUAUAUUGAGUUCUUCUUACAUAUAAAAAAUGCAACAUUAUCAAAAUAUUGUCACAGUUUAUGAGACGGUAACAAUAUGAAUCUUAUAAGAUUGACACCACUUUACCAUGUUAAUCAUGAUCGUGUCACUCUAUUAUGAAUCUUAGUGUCAAUUCUACGUUGCGCUAACACUGUGACGAGCCAAAUGACUUUUAAAUGUAAAAUUUAAAUAUACGACCUUCAAAGUAUUUUUAAUUAUCCUUAAUCGUUCCUCAAUAAUGAAUAUCAAAAUAUACCUUUUUUUAUCUAAAUAAUACUAUUAUUCUGUUUUUAGUAAAAUCUUGAAAAUACUUAAUCUUUAA